AUGGCUCCUAGGCCACUUUCAUCCUAUCCGCAAUCGGACAGGCCUGGCUUCCCUCCCGCUAGAGGCCCAUUGAGCGGCGGCCCUAAGAGCAUGCAAUGGGUACGGCCUGGAUUCAAUUCGAGCCGACCGUCGGUGCCAACCAAGCGCGAAUUCCCGGCUGAGGAUCGUGAACGACCAUUCGGUACUGCCCCUAAAGCCCCUCGACUCGAGCAUAGCGUCUCUGCUACACAGAUCCAGCGUAAUUCGCAAGCAAAAUCAGUAUCGCCAUCAUUUUCACGCAUUCAAACCGACAUCGAAAAACCGAGAGAACGUGCGGUAUCCGCAGAGCGUCCUGUAGUUCCCUCACCUAAACCUACUCCGAUCGAGACUAGGCGACACUCUGAUGUCGUCAUGGCAGAAGCGUCACCUCGAAUGGCCAAGCCACCCAUGUCGGCUGCGUCGUCCGCCCCGGAAGCUCUGCAAGACUCUGACGAUGAUCUUGAUCUUGACGAGGAUGACUUCGCUGAGUCUGAGGCGAAAUACAACCGAGAGCGAGCACGUCUAGAGGCCAAACGGGUCGAUCUGAGUGCUCCGCAUUUGCGCGCUACAACCCCCUUGCAGGAGAUUGUUCUGCUGUCAUGCCUCAAUGUCGAGCAUCUUCCUCAGACACAGCCAGAUGUGGUGUCCGUCGAAGAGACAAGCACACCCUUUCCCCAGGAGCAGGAAGAGUCACAUCUUUCACCUGUGCAAGCACGUCCUGUGGAACCAGCCACUACUCAACCCGCUCCAGAGAGUAUCACGGCAGAUCUACCGACACCUAAGGCGGAAGAGUCCGAGGAUGUCGAGAUGGAAGACAAAGAGGAGACUGAAGAGAGGUCGGCUGCGCCCGCAACGAUGGCGCUUCGCCUACGACGUGAGACCUCUGCAGAGCAGGAAACUUUACCCGACCUCAGUUCGUUGCCCUAUCUAGGCUCAGGCCCGCCAACGCCUCUAUCGGACAUUGGGCAAGACCGACCAAACCUAUCUGACGAUAUCAUGAACGCCAUUCGAAGCAAACUACGCAAGAGCAUCGAGCCUGAGCUUAACACUGAUCAGAUUCUCGAACGAUACGCAGCUACGUAUAGAGCGUGGCGUGUGUCCAUCCGUCCCUUGGACGAAGAGCGCGAUCAAGACGAUCAGGAUAGACAGCCGUCAGCCGAACCAACACUGAAGGCUGUCACUCCCGAUGUACAAAAUGCUGCAAUGACAGGGAUUCUGGAUGGGUCGCUCGCUCCUACAGGCCGGAGGAGCCACGCGAGUCGAUGGGCUACUGAGCUUGAUCUGGAAGCUGUCAUCAAAGAGUCUUUAAAGACUGCGGAAGAGGAAAAGCUAGGGAAGAAAGACAAAGAGCCACGCAAAGCCAUGGCUGAUCCGGAGAAGGAAGCCGAUCUACCAUUGGAACUUACCGAGGCAGAGGCUCAGCGUAGAAGAUUCAUCGACACUAACUUCCAACGCGAACCCGGUCAAGGAAUCUUUGUGUUUCACUAUGAGCCGCCAGAGGAUGACUUCACCCCCGAGGAACACAGGGUCAUGGUACAUAACUACAAGGAUCAAUACGCAAAGAAGUGGGGUAAGCUGGCCGAAGUUCUUUACAAAGAAGUUGGAACCGAACGUACCUACAAGGAUUGUAUCAAUCAUUACUACGCUACCAAAUGGGGCAGAGAAUACAAGGGUAAACUCCGCAAAGCUCGGGCUCCCAGGAAGCGUGGUGGAGCCGUUGGUCGUGGUCGUGGAGCUAUCGCCAACAUGGACCGGCCCGAAGGACCAGGAGAGGACGGUUUGCCCUUACCAGUCACUGAGACUGGGCGACCUCGACGCCAUGCGGCACCCAAAUUUGGCCCAACCGAAACUGAGUUCGACCCGAUCACAGGAAUGCCCAUACCAGGCCGAGCACGCAGGCAAACCGACGCCGACGACACGCAAGAAAAGGCCAUGCGGCGUGGAAAACCGGCGAAGGACAAGGUUGGCCGGAAGGCGAAGAAUACGCCACUCGCGGCCGUUCCUAUAGGCUCACCUGUCAAGGUCGAUCGUAAGGACAAGAACAUGGGAGUCAAGAUGGAGGACGACCUUGGCAAGCGGCCCAUGAAUGAUAUGCCCAUACCCAUGCCACUUAUCCCUAUGGAGGAUCAGAUGAUGCUGGCCGGUGAUUUGCAGCAGCUUUCUGGCCUGCCUGGCAGUCUUAUGGAUCGACCGAAGACACAGGCUGGUGCGAGACCUGGCCCGUCUAGCUACUGGUCCGUCUCCGAGUUACAAGACUUCGAUAAGAAUGUUGCACACUUUGGCACGGACUGGAUCGCAAUUGCAAACCAUAUGGGCACCAAGACGCACACUAUGAUCAAGAACCAGUAUCUGCGUCUUGUCGAAAGUGGCAAACUAGACUUGGAGCAGACAGCAAAAGAGGCAGAUGCUCGGAGGGAACGAGGUGAUGAUCUAGGUCCACCGCCAACACCGACUCCAGCACCUAAGAGACGAUACGAGAGCACACAAGCGGGACCUAUCCGCCCCAUCGCACCUACGCCUGAACAUGGGUCUCCGCCUCCGAACCCGCUUGUGCACCCCAAAUUAUCUCCUCCGCAUUCAACUCCUUCUUCGAGAUUCUCCACUAUCGCCCAAGCACCUGUGCAGAGCAAGCCCAUGGUGCCUCCGUCCGGAUAUUCUGCCCUACCAGAGACUAGCCUGGCGUCUGUACCCUCGAUACCACCACAGCAGUCGCCGCCCGCUCCCCCUCAGCGUGCACCACCGCAGCAUCAUCACCAACACUCCAUGUCGCAGCAUAAGUCGCAGCCGCAAGGGCCACGAGCUGGAUACUUUUCCGAAGACCUACCUCCACGUUUCGAGUCCCGGCCACCUUCACAACCUGCAGGCAACCAACAGGCACACCGGCCAUUGCAACAACAUGCGCCUCCACAGCCUCGCGUUCAAGAGCAACACCACUCGCCUCUCUAUCGUGGACUUCACUUUCAGGAGCGAGACGUUGCGGGUAGACCUGAAGUUCAGCAGGAGCAGGAGGCUCAGCGCCGGUUUCAUGAACACACACGUCGCAUCUCACAGGAGAUGUCACAGCAUAGACCUUUUGCUCCCGGUGGUGCACCGCCGAUCAUGCCGCCACUGCCGCCACGGUCGACCAUUCUUACACCGCCUGUCAAAGAAGAGCCUAGGAAUCCUCCUCCACAUCCUCAGCGCGGCCCACCACCUAUGCAAAACACACCUCCACCUGCAGUAACAAAGCCGGCUGUCGAACCACGCAAGUCUAACUUGAUGUCCUUGCUGAAUGACACCGAUCCUGAGGAGCCCAGACGCAAGAAGCCAAGCGAACAAGGUCCGCCAUCGCAUACCUCUACACCUCUGCAAUCAGCACCAAUCGCGCCUCCUCCUCCCACGACGCAAAGCUACUCGUCAUCGUCAAGACGUCCGCUCUACGAAGAUUCUAUGGCUGCUCAAUCUCCGUAUACCCGUCCAGCCUCGUAUGCUCAGCAGUCUUCACUUGCAAACGCAACGUCAAACAGGCCAAUCGACUUGACUGAGGACAAGCCAUCAUGGUGUCCCGCCACCUGGACCUAUGGGAAUGCGGCCAAGUCCGCACCUGUCGACAAGCCACAUAGCACAGCAGCAGAGGGACUCAUCCGGACGUAA